AUGUCAAAUCUAUAUUCCAAUAUCUAUCCCCAACUAAAAGUGAGCGUGCCUUCAUUUUUGAUAAAAACAUACGAAAUAUUGGAAGUAUAUUGACUAUAAUUCAUCAUUAAGAAUGAUUCAUUAUCAAAUCUCAUAUCCUGGAAUAGUGAAGGGACCGCUUUUAUUGUCUAUAAUCCAAAUGAAUUGUCAUCCCAAGUCCUAGCCAAUUAUUUCAAGCAUAAAAAUUAUCCCAGCUUUCUGAGGUAAGAAACAUUAUAAAUAUAGACAACUAAAUAUGUACAAUUUUAAAAAGACAAGAAAUCAAUAUGGAUUUAGUGAAUUUAAGCACAAGUGGUUUAGGAGGGGCUAAUAGUAAUAAAAAACUAAAUCCCUAUUUAUAGGAACAUGAUACAAUAUAUCCGACGCAGAAAUCAAGAGGAAUCAGAUUAAAAAAUAGACACGAGGGAACAAAAUCAAGAACUUGAUUUUUAUAAACAAGAACAUGAAAAUAUUAAAAUAUUGAUUCAAGAUCUUCAAACAGGUCAUAAAGAAAUUCAAAAGAACUUGGCAAAAUCCUUAGAUUAGUCAACCACUUUGAAUAAAUAAAAUUUUAUUACUUUGCAAGUAUGAAAGUACAUAUAUAUAUAGAAAAUUCAUUAAACUCAAUUAGAAUUUAAUAAAAAGUAUGAUUAUGUGACCCUCAUGCUCACAAAUGUAUUGACCAAUCUUCCAAAUAUAUGUAUAUAUUAAUCUUUAAAAACAGUAACUAAUUUUAAAGAAGCAAUUAAAAUUUGUUAAGAUGAACCAAACCUAUAGAAGACCUUACCCUGCUCAGAAAGCGGAGCAUCGACACCCUACCCUUAAGUAUUCCCCUAUAAUCAAUACCAGUUUUACACCUAGAAAUAAUAACCAUGUAUUUGUCCCUUUAUAAAUUUCAAGAUUAUUUUUAUGAUCAGAACUAAUAUUUCUACAAAAAUACACCCUAAUUGGCCAUCACAGAUGUGUAGAACAACAAUUAUUGUAAGAUUCGUUCCUAUUUUAAAGCUCCAGCCACAUACUCAGUUUCAAACAGUCAACAAAAUUCUCCUUAUAGAUAUUCAAAUAUCCCAUAAUCACAGUUUCCUUUAGAUUAUUCAAACAUCGAAUAGGUAUAAAUAAAAAUAUUUUUAGUAUAGUUUACAUCAAUAAGUAUGA